UACAAUAUAAUGGUUGACAAGUUAAUGCAUCAGACUAUUAAUUACAAAGUGUAAAAAUAAUUAUAUUAAGAAAAAAAAAGUUUAUUCUAUCUGUUGAUUGAUGCUAUGUAAUUCAUAUUAUUUCAACUAUGUUAAAUGUAUGAAUUUUUAAAUAAUAUAUAAAACAAAAAUAAUAAUAAUAAUAAUAAUAAUGGAGAUGCUAUCCAGCAGUAUCCCCUAUUAUUGCUAUUCGCUGUCCAGUUGGUGGGUGCGGGUGAUACACAAUUACCUAACAUGAAUGGUAUCCACGUGUCCAACUAUUCUCGGGUAAAUUGAGGUCUGUUGGUCACCGAAGUGUGUGCCUUUAUGGAUUGGGAUAUAGGAACUAGGAAGUGUUGCUUUGAUUUGUGAACACGUGAGGCUGCUGAGAAUCUGCAGUACUACAGCACUUUGCUAAACUCCUAUCGUGUCUGUGAGUAACUGUUUGUCACAGACCAACCACUUAAGCGACGCCGUCUACACCCAUUUCUACAUAUGGCGUCACCGUCAGAUCACAAGGCCACCAUAAUCGACGGCAAGGCCAUAGCCCAGACCGUCCGAUCUGAAAUCGCCGACGAAGUCCGUCAACUCUCUGAGAAAUACGGCAAGGUUCCAGGAUUGGCUGUUGUCAUCGUAGGCAACAGAAAGGAUUCUCAAAGCUAUGUAAAUAUGAAAAGAAAGGCUUGUGCUGAAGUUGGUAUAAAGUCAUUUGAUAUAGACCUCCCAGAACAAAUAUCUGAAGCUGAGCUGAUCAGCAAGGUCCAUGAGUUGAAUGCAAAUCCUUAUAUACAUGGAAUAUUGGUUCAGCUGCCAUUGCCAAAGCAUAUUAACGAAGAGAAAGUCUUGAGUGAAAUCCAUCUUGAGAAGGAUGUGGAUGGUUUUCAUCCUCUCAACAUUGGCAAACUUGCUAUGAAAGGCAGAGAACCUCUUUUUGUUCCCUGUACUCCCAAGGGUUGCCUGGAACUUCUUUCGCGAAGUGGUAUAAGCAUAAAGGGAAAAAAUGCUGUUGUUGUUGGUCGCAGCAACAUAGUUGGAUUACCAGUGUCACUGCUUCUUCUGAAAGCUGAUGCUACUGUUACCAUUGUCCAUUCCCGUUCUGAUGACCAAGAGAGGAUCAUUCGUGGAGCUGACAUCAUUAUCGCAGCCGCUGGGCAAGCAAUGAUGAUCAAGGGCAGCUGGAUUAAACCUGGAGCUGCAGUUAUUGAUGUUGGAACAAAUGCUAUUGAUGACCCAAGUAAGAAGUCGGGCUAUAGGCUAGUGGGAGAUGUAGAUUACAAGGAAGCAUGUAAGGUAGCUGGAUGGAUCACCCCUGUUCCAGGUGGUGUAGGACCAAUGACUGUUGCAAUGCUACUCAAGAACACCUUGGAUGGUGCAAAGCGUGUAUUCAUGCAGUAAUAGUCCAUGUAUUUUUCUCUUUCAAAUAUACUUUCGUCAAUAGCUUUUCAUAAGCCCUAUCCUCUGUCUUCACAUCUUAAUUAACUCCCGAUUUUAUGGGAAAUCAUGCAUACUUUUGUUGGA